AUGGCUAUUAUGCUUCCCCGACCUGGCCCUGUGUCGGCUUUUAAACGUGAGCGCGCGGCGUUUGUCUUCGGUUUAGGAAUGCAGGCGAGAGUGCUGAGGGCGGACCCCCAGGCUGGUGAGGAUGUUUCUGAGAGUCUACGUGAGCUUGUUCCUAGUGUUCAUCGGAUCAAGGAUACCUCUAUGGCUAUGGCUGUUGAUGCUUGUUACCACGCUUAUGUCCUGGCGAAACCGUACGGGUUCUAUAGCCAUAAUGUGCCGCUCAUGUGCAAUGAUCUUAUUGCUAGUUUGUUGCACUGGGCGGAUAUUCUUGUUAAUACUGAUGGGCGCAGGACGGAUGGGAUUGUUGUUGAUUCUAUUGAGGGGAUUUUGGCUUCUUUGGGUUUUUGA